CGCCUGAUCAUCGAAAGCGGCUUGCUGUCAAAAUAUAAAAAUAGUUUUUGAUAACGCGUAUGCUUUAUUUAUAAGUAAAUGUAUAGUUUUCAUGUAUUAUUUAAUUAAGUAAGCUGAAUGAAUUCACCUAGGGUCAUAUCACACAGUUUAGGAAUAUAUCUGCAAAGGAAGUUUACAACUUUGCAAAUUGCUUCGUGUCGCGCAUACUGAAACAGUGGUUCGUCUUGUUUACCGAUCAAAAUGAACGAAGAAGGCGGUGAUGAUUCGCCGUCACGGCCAAAACGAAAAAUAAAAAAGGUGAUGAUACUCUCGUCUAGCUCGGAUUCUGACAGUGAGGAGAGCAUCGGCGUCACAAGGACACGUAGAAAAAAAUUAAGGGUUGUGAGUGAAAAUGAAUCAAGUGAUAGUAGCGGCAGUUCAGUCGUAUGCGGCACUCGUCGCAGGCGCACCCUGCCCAAGCUCCGCGACUCGGAGGCAGAGAGCGACACUUCGGGUUGGGCGAGCGACCGCUCCAACUCGAAGCAAGUGGCAUCCACAUCCAAAGCACCUUCUGGGUUCGCCUCGGAUAGUUCAGAAGGAAAUUCUGACAAGUGCUCAAUAUGUUUGUUGCGCUUUACAAAUCAAGAAAUCGGUACUCCAAUAAACUGUGAGCAUAUAUUCUGUUUGGAUUGUAUAACAGAAUGGUCUAAGAAUGUAAACACGUGCCCUGUAGAUAGGAUAACAUUUGAAUCAAUAGUGGUGAAAGCGUGUAUCGGUGGACGAGUGUUAAGAACUGAGCCUGUUAAAGUAAUAGAGAGACGACCAUCGGUUGAUAUAUUAGUAGUAGAGGAAACUAUUGUAUGUGAGAUAUGUAGCAGGGGUGAUGAUGAAGAGUCUAUGUUAUUAUGUGAUGGCUGUGACCUUGGGUAUCAUAUGCAAUGUCUCACUCCUCCACUCACAGAGGUGCCAGCUUCUCAGUGGCUGUGUCCGAGUUGUGAUGAUAUUUAUGAUGCCAUCAAUUUGUCAGAAGUGGAAGAUCUGUUCAGUGAUAUUGCAGAUAUCAGUAGACCCCUAGGGCCUAGACCAGCCCCUCUCCGAGCGCCCAGAAACGUAAGGAGAUCGGCCAGGACCCAAAGCAAUCCUGACCAACCCUCCACCUCCAGUGGAAGGAGAGGCAGCAGGCUCAGUAUUGAAGACAUUCCCACUUCAUCCAGAGGUUUCAGAACAACCAAUAGAAGUCGCUCCACAACAACUGGAACACAAAGAAAAAGGAAAAGAACUACUCGUAGAAGAACAAGGAAGGUUUUGAUUGAGUAUGAAAUACAAGAAAAUGGAAAGUUUCCUGUAACCCGUAGUGUGACACGAACUGUUAGGAGGAGAAAGACACGUAAAAGACAACCUCGAACAGCAGCAAGGAGGUCACAUGUUAGAGCCAGCGUGAGAGCUAUGCUUACCUCUAUGAAGGUGGAUCAAGAAAUUGGCCAGUCUUCUAAUCCAAGAGGUGUCCAAGACUUGAGAGUCAGUAGACAACGAGCGGGCAUACCCACUCUCAGUAUAUAUGGAAAUACUAAUCAGUUGGAAUAUUUUUCUGAUGAUGAAGUGGAUGUAUCAGAAGGAGCUUCCACAGCAGUAGCUAUCAGACCUACCUCGAGCAUACUUAGUGCUUAUAGACAGGCAAGAAGGAAAAUGAUAAACAUACCAUCUCCAACGCAUGCCUCAUCAGCACCUGAUUUACUCUCAAAUAUUUUGGAGAGCCAAGCUCUCUUACAUUCUAAAAAUUCUAUUGUGUCUGUUUCUGUUGAUGGCAAUGUGAAUAUCAAAUUACAAAGAACAAAAACUUUGCCAUCAAAUAAAAGUCCAGAAGGAGCACAAAAAGAGAAAAAACUAGACUUGACAAAAACUGAAGAGGCUGUUAGGGAAGUUCCGUCUUACCCGGGACAGUCCCGCGGGGGAGGCGGCUGGGGCGGGGGCUAUCGCGGAACCUAUCAUCGCGACCAAAAUAACUUUAACAGGGGAAACUAUGACAACAAUUACGGAAAUUCGUAUCAGAACAGACAAGGCAAUAAUAUGUAUAACAAUUAUCAAAACAAUAACAAUAUGCGACGUGAUUCAGAACCAGAAUUCUUUGACAACUAUCGGCGACCCCACCAAUUUUCACAUGCAGAUGAUUCAUACUUUGAUAGGACUAGACGUAAUGCUCCAAAUGAUGCUAACAGACCUCAAAAUUUUUCCAAUACGCCAAGGCCUAAUGAGCAGAAUCAAGGGCGGUACAGUUUGGGCCCACCCUGGCAACCAUAUGGCAAUGCACCUCCUGCUUCUAGACAAGAUAUGCCUCCCGCUGCAGCUAGACAUUCAUUUGGAGGAUUUGAAAAUCCUCUUGAUAUGAGAAUGGGACAGAUGCCUCCAAGAACAUCAAAUGUUGAUUCAUUUUCAAGAAUAGAAACUCCUCAGCAAGAAAAACCUCAACCCCAACUUUAUAACCCUCCUGUCGAAACCCAGCCAUUUGAACCUUUACCACAGCCACCAAUGUUCAAUUUUCCUAAAUCAGGAGAACUGGAGAAGUCUGAAGACGAGAAAAGUGAUUCUGGUCUCGUCAUCGAUACAGAAAAGUAUGAUCCCACUGACCCUACAAAUGACGAUGACAGUGGAGACGAGCACAAAGAUUUGCCGGAACCUUCGACAGCUUCUGUCCCGAGGGUUGCGGAGAUCCCAGUGACCGCACCCGCAGUCGCAGUCCCUCUGCCGCUGGAGCCAGCGCCGGCGCCGCCGAGAACUGUACAAAGUAUUUUAGCUGGAAUAGACACAAGUAGCAUGAAUGUUCCUGCUAAUGUGCUGGACAGUGCAGUGAGACAAGUUUUAAAAGAACAUAGGAAUUUAAUUGUCCCUGCAACAGACACUCAUAAUGAUAAGAGCGAUGAGGAUUCGGAAGGCGACUGUCCGAAUUUCUCAAUUUACUCAGCAACAAGUGUACAUAUAGCUAAUAAUACGAGUAUUUUAAAUGACGAUGUAGUGCCCGAGCAACUGCAACAGGAUGGUCUGGAGGAUCUAGUCCAGGAGGAUGACGACGUGCCCGAUAUACCUUCUCCUGCUAAAUCCGAUAAUGCUUCUGAUGAAACAAUAAAAGCAGAAACAACACUCAAUAAUAAUAAAUCCUCCACACCCACGAGUUACGAAACUAAUGUUAUGAGUAAAACUGAAGAAGAAUAUAAAGAAAAAAUAUCUAAACGUUGCCCGAUUACGACAAAUACUCGAAAUCCUAUAAAAAUCAAGAUAAACACCCCUUCUUUGAUUAAAAGAGUUUCUUUGUAUGACGAAGAAGAUACGAAUCAAGAUGUUAAUCCAACAGAGAAGAGUGAUGUUAUUGAAGAUAAAAUGGAAUCUGAAAAUCCCGCCAGCCCUAAGUUAAGUAAGGAACACGAAAAAUUAUUUGAGGAGGAUGAAGUAACAAGUACAAUAUGCAAACAAAACAAGGAAGUUGAAGUUGAUGUCAAUAAUGUUAAAGAGAAUGUUGAUCAAGAACUUGAAGAAAACAUUAAAUUAUGCGGAGAAAUAAAAAAGAGCGAUGAAACUGUGAAUAAAAAAGACGAAGACAUGGAAGUUGCGAAUGAAAAAGAGAAAGAUUUUCAAGAUGAUAAUCAAUCUGACAAAUCGCAUUCAGAGCACGAUAAUGAAAUGUCCGAUACUGAAAUAUGUUUCAACACACAAUCGCCCAAAGACGAAAAAAAUAACGAGAAAGGUGAAGAAAAUGUAGAAAAAAUGACAGAAUCGAUCAGUGAAACUGAAGAUGAAAGAAGUUACACGCCCUGCUUAGACGAAAACAAACCGAAAGACGCGUCUUUUGAAAUCGAUAAAGAUAAGGGUCUCGAGGGGCUCGACACGGAAAUGAUAUCGGAAGAGGAGGGAAACGAAAUGUUCUCCGAGAACGAGAGGCCGCCGUCCGCGCAGUCGCACAAGUCUCCGCCCAGAGCCAAACCCGUCGAGGAGCCGCCACCCGAAGUCGCCGAGAAAAAGAGGAGCGACAAGAAAAAGGGCGACUCGAGAGAGGACGGAAAGAAGAAGAAAAAGAAAGAAUCGAAGAAGGAGGCCAAAGAGAAGAGUAAAAGUAAAAAGAAGACCGAAAUCUCUUUCAAGAAACUCAGUAAGAGCGGAAAAGAGAGAAACUACAGGGAGAGAGACCGGGACGACAAAAAGAAAAAAGACAGAAGAUCCUCGAGCGAGGCGCCCGAAGUGAAAAAGAAGAGAAAGGAAAAGAGGAAAGAUCUAGAGCGCUACGACGUCCGCACGCUCGUCACCGAGAAGCGGAGGAAAGUGAAAGAUCCGUUCGGGCGCGACGUGUCCCCUCGCGCGCGCUCCCCCUCGCUGUCCCCGCGCCGCUCCGCCUCGCCCGAGCCCCGCGCGGCCGCUCGGCGCCGCUCGCCCGCCCGCGCGCGCCGCACCGCCUCGCGCGCGCGCCGCUCCCUCUCCCGCGCGCGCCGCUCGCUGUCGCGGGCGCGCCGCUCCAUCUCGCGCGCGCACGCGUCGCCCCGCGCGCGCCGCUCGCCCGCAAACGCGUCGCCCCGCGCGCGCCGCACGCCCGCGCGCCGCUCCGUGUCGCGGCUGACGCCGGCGGCGCUGCGCGACUCGCCCCGCGCGCGCCGCUCCCCCGCCCGCCGCCCGCGCCGCUCGCCCUCCGCGCGCUCGCCCACGCCGCGCCUCUCGCCACGCCGCUCGCCCAGCGCGCGCCGCCGCUCCGUCCAGCGCAAGCGCCGGCGGCGCUCCGCCAGCCGUGCACGCCGGCGCCGCUCCGCCUCGGGCGUUGCUCGCGUUCUCGGCAAGAAGAAAAAGCGGGCGCGGCCCGACCGCUCGCCGACCCCGCUUCGCCGCCGCGUCGUCGAGUCGCCUCGCCGGAAAAUAAGAAGGAGCGCGAGCCUCGAGCUGUCGCCGGCUCGCUCGAUGCCGUCGCCGUCGCUCGACUCGCAGCCGCCGUCGCCGCGCACGCCGCCGCCGGAGCCCCCGGAGCCGCCGCUGCGCCUGGCCGCAGAGCGCGCGCGCCGCCGCGAGCUCGAGCGGCCGCGGCGCCGCGCGCGCGACGCGCCCGGCCCGUCCAAGGAGGUGUUCACGUCCGGCGACAACAUCCUCGUCAGCGUCAGCUUCAAGGACCAGCAGCGCGGCGAGGAGGAGGAGCGCCGGCGGCGGCGCGAGAGCAAGCGGGACCGCCGGCGGCGCCGCCGCAACCCGCCGCCGCCCGAGGCCGAGACGGCCAAGCCGGUCGCGAUCAUCGACCUCGACCGCUCGCCGUUCCGGGAGCUGACGCCGUCGCCCAAGAACGUGAUAGUGCUGAGCGACAGCGAGCCCGGCGAGAAGGAUGCCGCGGAGGCGCCGGCGGCGGCGCCCGCGCCCGCGCCCGCGCCGCCCGAGCCGCACGCGGCGGGCCCCAAGACGCCGCCCGAGCCGAGCGCGGAGGGCGGCGGGCCGCCGGUGGCCGCCGUGGCCGCGGUGCCGGCGCCGGCGGCGGGCUCGCCGGGCGCGGGCACGAAGCCGCGCUCGCCGGACGCGUACGACCCGUUCGAGCCGACGCGCUCGGCGUCCGCGUCGCCGGCGUCGGGCCGGUCGGGCGCGUCGCCCGCGUCGGCCGCGUCGGCGCCGUCCCCCGCCGGCCCGCCGCCCGACCCGCCGCGGCUCAUGACGCUGGAGUCGGCGCAGCGCACCAACAUGUCCGCGGACGACGUGCUGGACCGCCGCCCCGUGACCCCCGCUGAAAAGGUGCUAGCGUUGCUGCAGUCGACGCGCGACGCGUCGCCCGAGCCGCCGCCGGGCGACGAGGCGGGCGGGGGCGCGGCGGGGCCCGGGGCGCCGGCGGGCGGGCCGGGGGCGCCGGCGGGCGGCGCGGGCUCGGGGGCGCCGGGCGAGGAGGCGCCGCCGCCGCUGCCGCGCAUCGUGCUGCCGUCGCCGGGCCGCGCGCCACCCAAGCUGUUCCCGGGCAAGCCGUCGCCCAUCAAGUCGAACCCGGUGAAGCCGAUGGCGCGGCCGCCAUCGGAGCCCGGCUCGCCAUACUCGCCCGGCUCGUCCGACUUCGGCGACCUGUUCGAGCCGCCGGCCCGCCGCCGCCGAGCCCCCGGCCCGCCCGCCGCCAACGCGCACAACGCUUACAAGAAGAAAGGUAAAACGCAAGUGGGCGUGAAGAUAGACGAAGACAACCUCAAGAUCCUGGACGACCUGCCAAGCUCCGCUGUUGAGAUGCAGGUCAAGAGCAAGUUCCUGAAGAAGCUGAACCGACAGGAGCGCGUGGUGGAGGAGGUGAAGCUGGUGCUGAAGCCGCACUACAACAAGAAGCACAUCACCAAGGACGAGUACAAGCACAUCCUGCGCCGCGCCGUGCCCAAGAUCUGCCACAACAAGACGGGCGAGAUCAACCCGGCCAAGAUCCAGUCGCUGGUGGAGGCCUACGUGAAGAAGUUCCGCAAGAGACGCAAGCUGGGCCUCGCCUAGCGCUCGCCGAGCCCGGGCCUGCGCCCCCCUAGCCCUUACGGACGAUGUAUUCUAAUUUAACGCAACGUUUUAUUUAAAUAAAUAAUAUAAUGUAAAUCGUGAAUGAAUUUGUUAUUUAUCGAAUCGUAUCUGUUGUCGCAGAGAUAUAUUGUGGACCUUAUUUAUUAGUUACGGAGCGCCCUCGGCCGAAACGCGCUAGAUAUUUUUUUAACGACGACAAUGACAGGGAAGAGAACGCGUUUGUAAUAUUUAGUUAUCGAGUAGUUUAGUGAAUACAGUGUCGAUAGCGCGACUCGGCCCGACGCGGCUUGUGGCAGAGCUCGUAAUGGAUGCAAUGUGUAUAAUUAUAUCCAUCUAUAUUUGCAAUAAUUAACUUUGUACAAAAAUUCAUUCACUGCCACGAGAGAUCACUUAAAUAGAAAUAUAAAAUAUAGUUCAAUUAUUUAGUUACGAGAUAUUGGUUAAUAUUAUGUUUAAGUUAAUUAAGGGGUAGUGAAACAGCUAAUAAAAUGUUAAUAUUCUUA